UUUAAAUAAGUUUUCCAUCAAAUUGCAGUCAACACGGAAAAAAGUAAAGACGCCUAAACACCAUCCCAAAAAACAAAAAAUAGAUAUACCAACAAAUGAAACCGAAAGUGAAGAUAGCGGUGAUAGCGACAUCAUAGAAAUCGUUGAUGAUUGUGAUGAGAACACCAGUGCUGGGAGAACGUGUUGUUCUCUUACACAUUCAACCAGAAUAGAAAAUGAUAACACAGCUGGUCCCAGCACAGGCAGUUGCUGCCAAGAAUAUGUGACAAGGAUGGAAGUCACAAAUAUGGUGCUGAAAGAAAGAGUCUUUCAACAAGAACAAAAUAGAAAAAUAAUAAAGUUACUGAAGGAAUGGAGAAAAAGUACAUCCCAAAGGCAUACUAACAGGAGAGUUCGCUCCCCUGAUGGAGACUGUUUGAGUAGGGCAAAUGUGGCCAUAGUACAAGACUGCAGUAGGGAGCUGGCGAGGAGGAAUCAGUUAUGUCCCUAUUGCAGAGAUGUAACUUCUUAUUUAAAAGUAUAUCUAUUAUAA